AUGGCUAGUUCUACGCCAAUUAGAAUAGUCCCGAGUCUCUACAGGAGAGCCUUGAAAACGAGCCUGGAUUGGACUGUCAGACGGGAUAUCUGGCGCCCACAGGCCCUCGCUAUCCGUCAACUCUUCGAGGCCAAUAAGGAUGUUCGGGCUCCCAAACAGUUAAAGGUUCUCAUUGCAGAAGCAGAGGCAGAGUUGGAGAAGUGGAAGCAUCCAGAUCCCUAUUUGCCGCCUACGGCCCCUGGUGGCUCUAAGUGGGAAAGAAAUCUUCCUUGUCCUCUGCUGACCCCACCCCAAUAUUCGGAUUGA